AUGGCUGAGUUUGAAAUGACUGACCUGGGACUCUUGCAUUAUUUUCUUGGCAUUGAAGUGGUGCAAUCUGCAACAGGUAUUUUCAUUAUGCAAAAGAAAUAUGCUGUGGAGAUUUUAGACAGAUUUGAGAUGAAGACUUGCAAUUCAGUUGGAACACCAAUUGAACCAGGAUUGAAGCUGACUAAGGAUCCUAAGGGUAAAAAGGUUGACAUCACUUUGUUUAAACAGAUUGUUGGAAGCUUGAUGUAUCUUACAGCAACAAGGACAUAUAUUAUGUAUGCAGUAAGUCUUAUUAGCAGGUAUAUGGAGCAUCCAACUGAGCAUCAUCUUUCUGCUGCAAAAAGAGUGUUACGCUACUUGAAAGGUACAAUUGAUUUUGGUAUCUUUUAUAAGAAGGGAGAAAUGUCAGAACUUGUUGGGUUUACUGAUAGUGACUAUGCUGGAGAUUUGGAUGACCGAAGAAGCACUUCUGGCUAUGUGUUCAUGUUGAGUGAUGGGGCUGUUUCAUGGUCUUCAAAGAAGCAACAGAUAGUGACUUUGUCAAGUACUGAAGCUGAAUUUGUUGCUGCAGCAGGUUGUGCUUGCCAAGCUAUAUGCUAUUUGGCUGCAAAGGUUGAUUAUCAAGAUGGUAUUGUUGAUAUGACUUUUUGUAGUAGUGAAGUCCAACUUGCAGACAUUUUUACAAAGCCACUUAAGCCUGUUGUCUAUGUGAAGCUACGAGAGUUACUUGGAGUAUGCUCAAGGAAGGAUGUUGAUUUUGAUGGAAAAGAACUCAGCUGCUGGAGUUUUCUGUGCUAUAAACUGAUGUCUUAG